AUGGGGAAACUUCUUUGUAACCGUAAACCCGCUGCCGGAGUGAAAAUAGAGCUGUACGAAAAGGAAAUCUGUAAGUCAAAGCUGCAUAAUGAGCUCAACUUCCACCGAAAGUUGGCCGAAGUCAAAACCGACAACAGUGGAUCGUUUGCGAUCUCAGGCACUGCUAAGGAGUUGUCCAAAAUUGAUCCACAGCUGAACAUCUAUCAUAACUGCAAUUACAAGGGGCCUUGCUACCAGAAGCUCAAAAUAAAAAUCCCAUCGGAGUAUAUAAGCAAAGGAAAACAAAUAAAAAAGUACUUCAAGAUUAACCUGGAGCUUGCCACGAAGUUCAAAGGACAAAAGACCGACUGCUGGAGUUUUUCGAAUUCUGGUUCUGCAUGGGAAACAAUUGAGCCUUACGUGGGAGCAGGAAUUAAAAAGCACUUGCCACUGCCAAAGUACUAA